AUGUCGAAGGGAAAGGUUUUGCUGGUUCUUUAUGAAGGUGGUAAGCAUGCUGAAGAGCAGGAAAAGUUAUUGGGGUGUAUUGAAAAUGAACUUGGUAUCAGAAAUUUCAUUGAAGAACAGGGAUACGAGUUGGUUACUACCAUUGACAAGGACCCUGAGCCAACCUCAACGGUAGACAGGGAGUUGAAAGACGCUGAAAUUGUCAUUACUACGCCCUUUUUCCCCGCCUACAUCUCGAGAAACAGGAUUGCAGAAGCUCCUAACCUGAAGCUCUGUGUAACCGCUGGCGUCGGUUCAGACCAUGUCGAUUUAGAAGCUGCAAAUGAACGGAAAAUCACGGUCACCGAAGUUACUGGUUCUAACGUCGUUUCUGUCGCAGAGCACGUUAUGGCCACAAUUUUGGUUUUGAUAAGAAACUAUAAUGGUGGUCAUCAAUAA